AAUGAUCAUUUAUUCGUAUAUAGGUGUAUAACAUCAAUCCAACCAAUCGUCAUUCAGACUGUUUUAAGCUGUGUGACAAACUUGCCGCUGGGAGCACGAGGAAUUAAAACUAUGUCCUCCUUUAGCGAACAGGGACCUUAUUCGCCAAUCCUCAAUGUUGAAAGAAAAUCAUCCGGGAUUGUUUCGUUGCUAGCCGGAGAUGGACUUUAAAAUUAUUUUGUUUUCAUUUGGGAGAUAUAAAAGCAGUGACAGUGAAUAUAUAAGAAGCCAGAACUGUUUCCAGUGAGCAUCAUGUCGUUAUGGAGACCGGUGCUAGUGACGUUGGGGAUACUAUCGGUUGUCAGGAUGAGAGACACACUUCCGGUGCUACCAGACGCCAUUUUAAGUAGCGGGGAGCAAGCGGAACGUCCAGUGCCAAUUGCCAACCAUGAUCCGCUGGAAAAUAUCGAUGUUGAGAUGCCGACGAACAACUUCCUGAUCGAAGGAGACGUAUGGAUCUCGAGGCCAUCCCCGAGGGCGGAAUAUCCAGCCAUAGUGAGCCUUUUUCAGACCAAAGAUGCCGGACUUGGCGCGAGAGUCCCUAGCAUAAAUUCACACCAGUCUCGCAAUUCCCUGGAUUCCCCUGAGAUGCUUUGGAUGAAUCAAACCGUCCCCUACCAAUUUGACGUUCUUCUUAACGAAACUGAAUUGUUAACCGUAAGGGAGGCGAUCUCAGACAUACAGGGGCUGACCGGGGGUGACUGUGUCAAGUUCGUACCAAAGCGCCCCAGCGACCGCGACUUCAUUUACAUCACUUCCAGGAACACCGGCUGUUUCAGCAAGGUGGGAAGACAAGGCGGGAAUCAGACGGUAACAGUGUCACGUGUUUCCGCUUGUGUUACACGUGGCAUCGUCAUGCACGAACUUUUGCACGCGCUUGGAUUCUGGCACGAGCACACGAGAAUUGACAGGGAUGAAUAUAUAGAAGUCGUGGAACUAAAUAUACUUUACAAUCACAAGACAGACUUUCAUGUUAAUAAGAACGCGAAAAUUCUAGUCCCAGAGUAUGACUACUAUUCGGUGAUGCAUUGUAAAACAAACCAGUUUUCUAUCAGCGAUAACCUUAAAACAGUUCGUAUUAAAGAUCCUACAGUAAAUGAAGCUUUAGUUGGACAAAGACUUAACUUAAGUUCCAAAGAUGUUUUGAGAAUAAAGCUUUUAUUCGGCUGUGAUACACAACUAACAAAGUCGCCAUCUAGUCGUGAUAUUGAUCCGUCCAUUGAGGAUUUAUUUGGUGGUGCUCAUUUUAAUUCGCCGGAAUCAACAUGGCAGUACCGGGAUCAUUGGACAAGUGCAAGGUUCAACCCAAAAGUGACUCCAGUUAAACGUUGGCCAACGUCUUUCAAUAAACCAGUGUCGGGUAAUAUAUUUAGCGUUACCAGAAAUGCAUAUUCUAGAGGUACAGAUAGAACAUCGAGAACCACGAGAGUUAGAACAUCUCUGUCGACAGCAAAUACAAAAAGAUUCACCGACUUCUUAUUGCAGGACAAUGAGAACCCGAGCCUUCGUUAGCUGAUCGUUGUCAAACAACGCAGUUCAAAUUGUUUUAAAUUGUUUAGUUUUAAAAUUGUUACUGAGUAUUAAAUGUUGUUUAUCAAGAA